AGUCCGCCUCCAUAAUAUCCAAGAUCUGCUUCCAUAAACUAGUCAAGCUAGAUAUAUAUAGCUAGCUUAGUCCCCCGAGAAUAAUCAUGUCCAAAGAGGAAGAAUUUCGACGGAGACGAGGUCGUAAGGAGGAGGAGGAGCGAGCUCCGAAAGGGCAUUUUGUGGUGUAUGUUGGUCCAGAAGAGAUGAAAAGAUAUGAAGUUCCCAUUUCUUAUUUGAAGCACACUUCUUUCCAGAAACUGCUUCAAGAGUCCGCUGACAUGUACGGAUUUCAUCACAACCACAAAGGUAUAGUCUUGCCAUGCCAAGACUCCAUCUUCCAAAGCGUUAUUGCAGAGCUCGAAAAGGGCGCUUAAUUGUUUUCCAUCAUCAUCGAUCAGACAAUCUAUUUGC